AUGUAAUAAGGAUAUAUCAAUGCAGAGAUGAGUGAUUUCAUAAUUUAACAUUCAACUUUCAUUAAUAUUUAACCAAAUUUUGAUUUAGAAAAGCUAUAAUUUAUUUCUGUAAUAUCGAAAAUGAUUAAUUAAGGGAUAUUUUGGACCAUUCAAAAUUAAUUAAAUUGUAGAAGUUCCAUUAUGGGUAGCAAUUGAAUUAAAGAAAAAGAAUAAAUGUAGAGUAAUACCUCCUGAAUGGUUAAGUAUUGAAAAAUUGUAAUAAAAACUUGAUGAAGAAACUAUUAAUGAAUUAGAAUUAGCAAAAAUGGAAUAAUAUUAUUUUGAAAUUUCAUCAAUUUUAUUCUCUUAUUGUAGAGAUGAUAUUAAAGAUGAUGAUAAAAUUAAAUUAUUAUUGGAAGAUAUUAAAACAAGAAGAGAAAGUAAAAUAUAAAAAAAAAUAGAGGAAUUUAUUUUAAGAGGAUCUGAUGCUCUAAAAAUUAAUAAUUUAAAUCAACAUGAAAGAAAUAAAAUUUACUCUAAUUUUUAUGGAGAUUUAAAAAAAUUAAGGUAAUUAAAAUUACUAUCAGAGAGUUGA